AUGGGGCAGCCAUUGCCGUGCAACGAUGCCGUGACAGAGUGUGAUCUUUAUGGUCAAGUCGAGCCGAUGGAUCUAUUUGCGGGAUCUGAAGAGGAAGUUGUUUAUGUGUUCGCCAAGUUGAAGAAGAAGAGUGAGAAUAGCAGUCGAAUAGAACGCAAGGUGGCGGAGAAGGGUACAUGGACCGGGGUCAAUAAAAAGAAGCCUGUAAUGGAUGGAAGAAAUAGAUAUAUUGGAUGGAAGAGAAACUUUGUUUACGAGAUCACAAAGGGAAAGGGAAAGGGCAAGGGCAAGGGCAAGGCCAAAGCCGGAUACAAUAUGAAAGAGUAUAGCCUUCUUGAUUCUGCUCUCAACCAUGAAAAGGUGAAAUUCAAGGACUAUGUCCUUUGCUGCAUCAAGAAGAAAAAACUUCCGGAAAGACAUGUCUCACGGGAGAACUUGGAAGAAACAGCAGAGAAUUACCAAUCAGCCAUGGUAGUCGCUGCAGAAGAUGAUUUUGAAGUUGCUCCAUUGCCAAACCACAAAUUGAUUCAGUCGGGCCCCUUGUUGUUGCCCCAGACUGAAGGAUACCAGCUUCAAGAUUACACAGCCAAUAAUAACAUCUUAGCUGCAGCAUCCAUGUCACAAUCUGAAGAAGCUGUGGCCACACAAUCUAGUGGAGUUUAUGACUGGAACAUGCUUAAACAGUCAUCAUCAUCAGAAACUGAAGAAGCAGUAGCCAGACAAUCCGGUGGAAUUAACAACUUCAACAUGCUGCUUACGGAAUCUUCAUCCAUGGUAGAAGUUGCCACCAUGCAAUCCGGUUGGAUUAAUCAUCACUUGUCAUUAGAACCACUAUUUGCUUGGCCUGAAUGUGACAAGGUGGAUUCAUCAGUUGUCACCUUGCCACAUGGUGAAUCGAUCGGACACAACCACUCACUGACCCAAUUCGAAGGAUAUGAUCAUCAGUGUCAAGAAUAUGCGAGCAGUGGCAACAAGAUAGUAUCUGCAGCAUCCAUAGCAGAAUCUACAGAACAAGUCCCCAUACAAUCCGGUUGGAUUGAUGACUUGAACAUGCUUAAGGAAGUGGUAUCAGUACCACCUUUUACUUGUCAUCCUGAAUAUCACACUUUGGAUACAACUGUGGCAUUAUCACCUUUGCCACCAUUAUCACCCUUACUUGUGGGAGGAGAAUCAGGGACGACAUUGCACUGUGGAGAAAACGAGUUUGAAUGUCAAGAACAAUGGAGUCGAGCUUCGAAAGCAUCCAUGGCUGCUGAUGCAGGAAGUAUCAAUUGUAGUGAUUGGGGACAGAGUUAUGCAGAGAUGCUGAAAGGUUUUCAGCAAGACCCACCCUCUUGA